GGGCGUCCCCGAGGACUACAUUUCCCAGAGUGCGGAGGGCAGGCCCACCCGUGCCCUCCCGGUCCCGCCCCCUCCACCUAGCCACCGCACGCGGCUGGAGACUCUAGCCCUGCCGGAAGCCGCUCUCCGGCGACGGGCAGGUGGGGCAGGGCGCAGGUGCAACCAACAUGAGUGAGCCUGGGGGAUCAGUACGAAUCCUAGUGACAGGUGGAUCUGGGCUGGUGGGCAGAGCCAUCCAAAAGGUGGUAGCAGAUGGAGCUGGGCUGCCUGGAGAGGACUGGGUGUUCGUCUCCUCCAAGGACGCUGAUCUCACGGACGCUGCACAGACCCGAGCCCUGUUUGAAAAGGUCCAGCCCACCCAUGUCAUCCACCUUGCUGCAAUGGUGGGGGGCCUGUUCCGGAAUAUCAAAUACAACCUGGACUUCUGGAGGAAAAACGUACACAUCAACGACAACGUCCUGCACUCGGCCUUCGAGGUGGGCGUGCAUAAGGUGGUUUCCUGCCUUUCUACCUGUAUCUUCCCGGACAAGACCACCUAUCCUAUCGAUGAGACUAUGAUCCACGACGGGCCACCGCACAGCAGCAAUUUUGGCUACUCCUACGCCAAGAGGAUGAUCGACGUGCAGAACAGGGCCUACUUCCAGCAGCAUGGCUGCACUUUCACCGCUGUCAUCCCCACUAACGUCUUCGGGCCCCAUGACAACUUCAACAUUGAGGAUGGCCACGUGCUGCCUGGCCUCAUCCACAAGGUGCACCUGGCCAAAAGCAGCGGCUCCGCCCUGACGGUGUGGGGCACUGGAAAGCCACGGAGGCAGUUCAUCUACUCACUGGACCUGGCCCGGCUCUUUAUCUGGGUCCUGCGGGAGUACAGUGAGGUGGAGCCCAUCAUCCUAUCAGUGGGCGAGGAGGAUGAGGUCUCUAUCCAGGAGGCAGCUGAAGCCGUGGUGGAGGCCAUGGACUUCCAUGGGGAGGUCACCUUUGAUACAACCAAGUCAGAUGGGCAGUUUAAGAAGACGGCCAGUAACGGCAAGCUUCGGACCUACCUGCCCGACUUCCGGUUUACACCCUUCAAGCAGGCAGCCUGGGAGGCCCAGGAAAACCAGGAUCCAGGCUGGCUGGAGGAGCUCCUCUAAUCCGGUAAAGCGACAGGCCCCUGCUCACACAUUUCACUGGCCGUGCCCAGGUUAUGCUGUCACCCGGACCCGCUGCACCUUGGAGAGGGGCUGACAGCAAGCCCCGACCAGGCAAUCCUGCCCUCCGCACCCGAGUCCACUCCCAGGUUCCAGAGAACCAGGGCGCCCUGAGGACGCGGCUCCCACCCAGGGAAACCGGCCUAAGGCUGGCAGGGCUUCGCUCCCCAGCUCCUGACAUGUCCUGACGGUGGGCCAGGGUCCGGACCUUGCCUGUCCCGGUCUUUCAUCAGAAUCAGGGCGGAUGCUUCCUCCUGGAAGCUAAGCUGCCCAGCGGCCACCC